CCAGCCGCCAGGCUUGGCACCCGCCAAAUGUGCCUUGCCGAAAUGAAGAGGAAGGAAGGCGACUUCGGAGCCCAGCAGAUCUGAGCGCCAGGAGUCGGGGGACUCUGCCGGCCAGCACCCAGAGAGCCCAGAGCAGCAGGAAAAAAUGUGAAAAGUACCAGGAGACCACUGGGUAAUCGCCCCAGUGCAAAGGGCCUUUCUUCCUACCCACCGCAAUUGCAGCAAAUAACUCCAGGGAGGGGAAUCAGAGGCGCCGGGGAUUGCGCCCUGGGGGAGCCCUAUCUGCUGAAAGAGAGCGUCUAAUGCCGUAACUUCCCAGUGUAGCCUUUCCGCUCGGCGGACCAAGCGCCUCUCCUUCGCUUGGAGUCGGCUCAGAAUCAGGCUGCUAAAGGUCCCUGGAGCCCCUCCCCGAGAGAAUCCGAGCCUCCAGCUUCAGCACCAGAGGCUGGACAGUGUCCCGGCCCUAGGGUGCCCAUGGUCGGUGCCUGCGCACGGCUCGGCCUCCCAGCCCACGCCACUUGCGCUCGCGGCCCCUCAGACCCCAUGCGGAGGAGGUCAGGAGGUGACACAGGUUCGCGGAAGAAAGCGGGACUCAUCUUCCUCAUUUCUCCAGGGAUUUAGGUGUGGAAUUCUAGAAGAGCAUUCUCUCUCGCCCUGGCCAAGACCAGUGGAAAAACUUGGCGCCAAAUGCAGGCAAUGGUGCGAGGAGCAGAGGCACGAUUGCAGGCGGUGAGCAAAGGGGCAAGCGGGACAGAGGAUCUACUGCGAGCCCCGGGCUCUGGUGUUCCGUGAAAAAUCGCCACAUUUCAAUCCUGCGCUCCCGCGCGCUCCCUCUCGCUCUCUCCCCCUUCCUUUUUCCCUUCCUUCCUUCCUCCCCGCGCUCUCUGUAUGCCUUAAUAGGAGUGAGUGGAAGGGAAAGAGUGAGGUGGAGGGAGAAGAUAAUGAAACCGAGGAGCCCAAAGUGACCUUUGUAUGAGGAGCAAAGAUGAUUGUUUGGCCAAGAAGGGGAAAGACCGCGGAGGGAGAGACGCUAUCACAAAAGGGCUAACGGAGGUGGAGAAGGAAGAGAACGGACCUGACUUGGGCACUAGCAUGGUUACCAGGCAACCAGUCGCAGCACCUGCCUCCUGUUGCCUUGGUUACGAGCUGCGCUUUCGGCCUGAAUUUUCAGCGACAAAUAGAAAAGCUGAAUGGAUGGAGACAAUGACUCUCUAAUUCAGUGUAAGAGCUGACUCAUCGCUUCCCAGGAAGACUUGCUGCAGUCCUACUCAGGGAUGCUGGCAUUGGUCGCCACUUCCCUAAAAAGAGGGGAAGUCAAAGUUCUUUCCCUUUCAGGACAGAAACUCUCUGAUAACAGCCUGGAAGAAGCCUUAAUGCUGCUGCCCCAUUGGAAGAUUACUCCCCAGGCUUCCCUUGCCCCAAGCAGUGAGCUGACUGGAAUGGUACCCCGGGAGGCCCCUGAGUCUGCUCAGUGCCUGUGCCCUUCCCUCGCCAUCCCAAAUGCCAAGGAUGUGCUUCGGAAGAGGCACAAGAGAAGGAGCCGACAGCACCAGCGGUUCAUGGCCCGGAAGGCCUUGCUGCAGGAGCAGGGGCUGCUGAGCAUGCCUCCAGAACCAGGGUCCUCCCCACUGCCCACCCCUUUCGGGGCAGCGACAGCAACUGAAGCUGCCAGCAGUGGGAAGCAGUGUCUGAGGGCUGGAUCUGGCGGUGUCCCAUGCAGCAGAAGGCCUGCUCCCGGGAAAGCCUCAGGGCCCUUGCCCAGCAAGUGUGUGGCUAUCGACUGUGAGAUGGUGGGCACGGGACCCCGAGGGCGGGUGAGCGAGCUGGCCCGCUGUUCCAUUGUGAGCUACCAUGGCGAUGUCCUCUAUGACAAGUACAUCAGGCCUGAGAUGCCCAUCGUUGACUACCGUACUCGCUGGAGCGGCAUCACUCGGCAGCACAUGCGCAAGGCUAUCCCCUUCCAGGUGGCCCAGAAAGAGAUCCUUAAGCUCCUGAAGGGCAAGGUGGUGGUGGGGCACGCGCUGCACAACGACUUCCAGGCGCUCAAGUAUGUCCACCCUCGGAGCCAGACCCGGGAUACCACCUAUGUCCCAAAUUUCCUCAGCGAGCCCGGCCUCCACACCCGGACCCGGGUUUCUCUAAAGGACCUGGCCCUGCAGCUGCUGCACAAGAAGAUCCAGGUGGGCCAGCACGGGCACUCAUCAGUAGAAGAUGCCACGACAGCCAUGGAGCUCUACCGGCUGGUGGAGGUGCAGUGGGAACAGCAGGAGGCCCGCAGCCUCUGGACCUGCCCCGAGGACAGAGAACCUGACAGCAGCACAGACAUGGAACAGUACAUGGAGGACCAGUACUGGCCGGAUGACCUAGCCCACGGCAGCAGAGGAGGAGCCAGGGAGGCACAGGACAGAAGGAAUUGAGAAGGGGGCGGGGCUCCCUGGCUGGGCUUCCGGUGUGGCCGGUGGAAGUGGGGGCCAGGAGAGCAGCGGGCACUCCUUCCUGGGCAGGGUGGGGCAGGAUGCAGCGAGCCAGCCCCAGGGCCAGAGGAGUUGGGGUCAUCUGUUACCUUGACACCCUCUGCUCACAGCAUAGCCCUCUGUCUCUCCAGGGCUAUUGGUUCUUUCUCCUGACUCCUGUGGUUUUGCUAAUGGCACUUUACAGACUCCAUGGAGAUGUCAGGUGGACCAUCUUCUAGGGCCCAGCAGGAGUAGGGAGUGUGCCAACAGACUGCCCAGGUUGUCGUGGCCUUCCGCACCCCCCAGAUCUCCUGAGUCAUCAUGCUGUGCUAAUGAAAGGGAUCAUAUCACCGUCUCUGGGGAUGGUGGGUGGAGGUGUCAAUAUCCUGGAGCUCCCUUACCCCAACUCAAUGACUUGGGGUAAAGUCUCUUCCUUUUGUUGCCUACCUCUUCCUCCACUCAUUUGGGUUCAGAAUAAAUAUGCCCUGAAGUUAAAGAGUUAAAUCCUAAAGGAGGCAUUCCUUCCCCACCUCCCUGGCCUGGAACUCUGGCUACAGCCAUUGUAGGAACUCCGUGCUCCCUCUGGCCUGUCAGCUCCCUGCUAGGCUACAGUGGAAUAGCAGAGCCCACAGGCUUCUCGUGGGGAGCUGGCUCCUUAACAUGCUUGCAACAGAAAGCCCCAGGCACACCUUAGGGAGGAGGGAAGGCAGGUAAGCUUUGGACGAGAACUGGCAUAUUUAUUUUGACCCAAAUCAGGGAUUUCCCCAGUCCACCCAGUACUGGGCUCUUAAGCAAAAGUCUGAGAAACAAGACAGUGGUUUGAAUUCUGGGGCCUUUGUGUAGAAUUGUGCCUGAACUUUAUUUAUUUAUUAAGAGCAGGGCCACUUGUCUGGGGAGUGGAGUCUGCGUGUCUCCUGGGGCUGGGGCAGGGCAUUGGCAGUUAUGCAGUGGCCCUGAACCUGGUCUGGUGCCCCCUCAGCUCUUUGACAAACACUGUGGCUGUUGGGUUUUCUCCUGUUUCUAAAAAUAUUCUCUUCUUUCCUAAGUGACAGUUUUGAAGUAUUGGGUAACCAAGAGCUCAGGUCACACAGACCUUGGAGCCCCAUCUUUGCUUGCAGCUUAGCUUUGAGAUACUAGGCAAGCAAGGGACUUCACUCUUGAGCCUGUUGUUUCCUCAUCUGUAAAAUGGGGAUAGUGGUACGGCCUACCUCAUAGGGUUGUAAUGAGCACUAAAUGUGAAGUGUUUGGCACAGUGCAUGGCACAUGGUGAGCCACAGCUACUGUGAGUUUCUGUUUAUCCCUUUUUUUUUUUUUUUAAGCCCAAAAAGGGGCCACAACGUGUUUAUUCUUUGAGGAUUUGUUGCAACUUCUUCAGGAUAACACCUGAGUCCACAGGCUGAGCAGCUGUGGCCCAGACAGAACUGCUCUGGCUUGGCUGUUCCAGCAGGUGGGGCGCUGGCCUCGGUGAGGGCACAGCAGCAAGGUUCACGGAUAUCCGUGUGUCUUGUCUGUGGCCACCAGGCACAGGUUUGGCUUCCGGUCAGUGUCCUGACACUGCGGGAGGUGACAACAGAGCAAAGCAGCACAGGGGUCAGGGAGGUAGAGACACUGCUGAAAUCACACUACCCCACCCUCAGCUGAAGCCCCACGUUCCACAAACUUGGGGUCAUAGAUUGUCCAGUCACUGGCUCCCUCCCUGUCAGCACAGCACAGAGGAAGGGGCUAACUGAAUCUUUUACCACUUCUGGCCUGGCUCCAGAACUUUGUUCUAGAUUCCUUAAAAGUCGGUAGCUGAUGUCAAACUCAGUUGAGCAGUAGCUUUGAUCCCUUGGUCUGGGGUUGAAGGAAGAUGGUGCUGUUAUCAGCGGGGAAAUGUACUAUUUAUGAUCAGCUUUGUUGUAAAACCAUUUGUUCUAGAAUAAAACUCAAUUGGAAAAGUG